AUGGAACCUACCGAUGUCACAAAGCAAUUAGGGACUCCACUAAUCGUACAAGAGAUAUCUCGAGGAGUUAAUCCAGACGAUCCGUUUGACGAUGAUGGUUUGAGAAUGAGAACUGGAAUUUGUACUUCACUUCAUAUUGACAUUGACCCUGAUAGCAAGACGUGGGGGGAAACACUUCCAGGGUGGCGAAGGAAAAUGGGGCACUUUCUGGUUGCAAGGCAGGACAGACAAGACAUUACCUUCGAUCAAUUAUCUGCAAUUGUUGGUUAUAUCGAUGCCCUAUCUAACCUAAUGUUCAAGUCAUUAACUCGCCGUGCGAGAAAGCAACUUCUCUAG